ACCACAGAAAACCAUAGAACAGAUUGCGGAAGUGUGUUAAGAAUAGUGUGAAACGAGAAAUUUUUGUGGGUCGGGUUGUAAAGGUUUUCGAAUCUUUGAAAGUUAUACAGUGUUGUGUUUCGUAAAAAUGUCACAUCAAACGGGUAUCAGAGCAAAUGAAGAACUUAAAAAAUUCUUUGUAAAGUGCCGGGCUGGAAAUAUUAGAGUAUUCAAAGUAUCUAUUAUUGAUGAGCAGCUGGCCCUCACGGCUUCCAGAGAUGUGAUCGGGAGCUGGGAGGAAGACUACGAUAGCUGCUUGGGCCCGCUCGUGGAAGAAGGUCAGCCUUCUUACAUUGUCUACAGGUUGGACUCUAAGAACACGUCCGGCCACGACUGGCUGUUCAUCAGCUGGUCGCCGGAUGCGUCGCCCGUGCGCCAGAAGAUGCUGUACGCCUCGACCAAGGCUACGCUCAAGCAGGAGUUUGGCAGCGGCCAGAUCAAGGAGGAGCUGCACGCCACCUCCGUGGACGACAUGACGCUGAGCGGGUACCGCCGGCACAGGCGGGCGGCGGUGGCUCCGGCGCCGCUCACGGCCGCCGAGGAGGAGCUGGCGCUGCUGCGGCGCACCGAGGUGAACACCGGCGUGGGCGUGGACUCGCGCCAGCAGACGUUGUCGGGCGUGGCGUUCCCGCUGACCGGCGAGGCCCGGCAGGCGCUCUCCGCCCUCGCGGACAGGGCCGUCGACUACGUGCAGCUCAGGAUAGACCUGGACGAGGAGAAGGUACACUUGUCGGACACCGGGGACGUCAGCCUGGCCAAGCUGCCGGGCAAGGUUCCUACCGACUGUGCGCGCUACCACCUCUACAACUUCAAGCACACGCACGAGGGUGACUACUUGGAGACUCUGGUAUUUAUUUAUUCGAUGCCAGGCUACUCUUGUUCGAUAAAGGAAAGAAUGCUGUAUUCCAGUUGCAAGGGUCCUCUUAUAGAAAUGAUUGAGUCGCAGAUUGGGUUGAAGAUCGCAAAGAAGCUCGAGAUAGAUUCUGGGGAUGAACUGACCGAAGAAUUUUUACAAGACGAAAUCCACCCAAAGAAGAACUUGCAUCGCCCCAAGUUCUCAAAGCCCAAAGGGCCCCCGAACAGGGGGGCGAAGCGCCUUACAAAAACUCAACAAGAGACUGUCUAGGAUUUAGAGAAAGGUGAGGCCCGGGAAGAUCGAGAACAGUUAUCCAGUUUGACAAAAUAUUGGUUAUUUUAAGUGAGACAAAGCAAUAAUCAUGGUUAUGUGUUCUCCAAGUUCACCUCAAGACAAAAUAUUUUGCCAAGUGGCCUUUUUUUCAGCAGUGUUAUGUCUACUAAUAGGAAACAGAAUUUUGUCAGUGUAUCUCAUUUUAACAGUGACAGUAUACAAGGCCGUAGUGAUUGCUUACAUAGUGGUAGUUUUUUUGCAUUUCUUUGAACAAGAAAAAUUAUGGGAUUGCUGUAACACAUCUUUAUUAACUACUUGUGAGGUGGCUUUUUGCUUUAGGUUUGACAGUCAAAGCCUCUCGAUUGAUCAAUUGUAAUUUAUUUACCGGCAAAUGUUUUGUCCAAGUGCAAUAUUUUAAGAGUUUUGCUAUGACAACUCACUCCUUUUCUCUGUGACAGAUAAAUUGCAGUUAUUAUAAUUAACCUCGUUAUAAAACUGUUUUCCAAGAGCAUUUUGGUGAAAUAACUUGAGCAGUACGUUAAUAGAAAGUGUGUUUGUGUGGGACUACAAUUAUGGUGACUUACACUACGUGAACGUUCAUUGAUUAGGCUGCACGUAACAAUCAAGUAUAAGUUCCAAGAAAUUAUGAAUAAAAAUAGGUUUUCAGUAUUUCAAUUUUUUUUCCUUCAUCUUUCCAUGCAUAAAUGGCAGUUAUGCUUAUGACUAUGCAAGGACAAGGUUCCAUAGGCUGGAGGAAUGCGAGCCAGUACAAGGUUUAAUUUGCAAAAAGAUGUCAGCAAAUAAUUCAAAACAUGUACCUAUUAAAUCUGGGUGGUCCUUGUAUUCGUGAUAGUUAACAUUUCAUGCUUAUUUAGUGAGGGUCAUGGCUCAAAUUCAAAUCCCUGACUUGUCCCAAUUUAUGAGAAUGUACCUAAGUGGUUUGGGGUCCACUAACGUGACAGGUUCCGUCACUGUGUUCCUGUGCCGUUCAACCCUAUCAAGUAACAAACUUUUAAAACCGAUGUUUCACCGGCCAACAAUUCUGAGAUCAGUAAACUUCAGUCAUCCUUUUAUUGAAGCAAACAAAUGUGAUGAGUGGGCUUGUCAUUUCUGAUACAAUCCUGAACGUGGAUCUGUUUGCAUGUGUGUAGUAUCAGCACUAAACCACAAUCAUCUGAGUACCCAUAACUGCUGGAAUGACAGUUUGUGGUGGUUUCGCAGUGAUUUUGCUUACAUUUACCCACUUUGUUUUCCACCUUUUAACAAGUACAAGUAAAUGUUCACCACAUUAAGCCACUAAGUUUGCAUAACCAGGCAGCUAGCUUUCAAACGUAAAUCAUCAUUGCUCGUAACAACACUGGUUACAUUAAAAUCUAGUGUAUUUUAUGAGAACAUUGUAAUGUUUUGGAUAGAUCCAAACAUGACAAUAACUAUAAAUGUGGCAGAACUGCGCGUUCUUGUGACUCUGCCUAAACAACAAGCACAUCUCACAAGUUUGGAAAAGGUGAACUGUUACGAUGCAGGUCUGAGGCUAAGAUUAUCUAUCAUUUCCACUCAAUUUGUUCUUAUUAAGCAGAGCAUGCAUGUUGGGAAGUGUUGUAUUUUAUGGGGGGGAUAUGUAUGCCAUCAUGGAUCCAUUGGUUUUUAGCCAAAGCAAUUACAGUACAACCCUGUUAUAACAUUCUCCAAGGGACCAACAUAAAAAAAUGUUAUAAGCAGGAAAAUGUUAUAAGCAGGAAAUCAUCUUCACUUUGUAAAAAUUACACGUGGAUUGAUUAAAUUAAAAGGUAUAGGUAAAACAACACAAAAUACAGGAGUAUUACACUAAGUACAGCAAUAGAGUGGAAAAUUGGUUAAUUUUAUUUAUAGAUAAUACCUAAUAAUAUGCUAAAGAAAAAAAAAAUGUUUUGUACGAUACAGUUCAGAGUCGAAACAGAAAUAUUCAACUCUUUUGCAAUCACAACACACGUUUUGUUGGGGUUCCUGUCCACUUGGUUAAUAAACUGAAUUUUUUCAGCUACAGAAUAUAUUUUCGCUUAUAUUUAUCGGCCAUCAUAACCGUACAAAAACCUGAAUAAAAUUUCAAUACGGCGUAUUUUAAUUAAAUAUGACCGUGACUACAAUAAGUAAAAAAAAAAAAAAUAAUAAUUACGGUAAAGGUUAACCACAAACAAAAGCCGUGAAUAUAUCCAUAGAACAGUUAACCAUCUCAAGGUGUUAAAUGGAGACGGACAGAGAGAGGAAGACAGGUAUUCCUUGUGAGGACGGGGCGUGAGUGGAACGAACUUGAGGGGAGGACACUGGAUCUGGGAGGAGGGAAGGACUUACGAAGGAGGCUCCAGAGGGGGGAGGAGUGAGGGUAGUUGGGGGUGGGAACUCCUUGCCACCGGGCGGAAGCCCAAUUGCAGGUGUAAAUUAUUAUUACCAUAGACUAUAGUAGCAUUGUUUCCGACCAUGUAUCAGUGCACAAAAUGCGCAUCAUAAGUAUAAAGGAACAAGUCAUAGGCCAAUAAGAGCGAACAGGACGCCAUAUUGAUAGUCGAUCCGGUGCAAGUUGUGGAGUGCGUGUGUACCACGUCUAUGGUGAAAUACUCAAAUGUAAACAUCUGAUGUUUGUAUAUGCGUGCUGUAUUUUCUAGCUAUGGUUUCGCUCUAAAUUAUGACUUUGAAGGAAGGGAUACUGCAAAUUGUGGCAGUUAUCAAAGCAAAUUUGAACGUUAAAGGCGGGAAUGUAGAAAUUUUAAUAUUGUUACAGGCGGGAAAUUAAAGCAUUGUGAUAAAUGGAGAAAUGACGGGACCAUGAAAAAAUGGUGUUAUAGGCGGGAAAAUGUUAAAAACGGGAAUGUUAUAACCGGGUUGUACUGUAUUUACAACUGACUGUUAAUGAUUUUACUCAUACAAGGCACUGCGCAUCAUGCAGAUUUUUCAUUCUUUCUGAGAUUUGCAGAUGGCUGUGUUUAUUAUUUUUCCCAAUCACUGAUGGUCACCAAUUCCUUUUGAAGGUUCACUGCAAGUGCUGAUAUUAAAGUACGUAUAUCUUUGUUUUAGAGAAUCUGUUAUUAUGUGUAUAACAUAACCUAAAAAAAGAUAAAUUUUAUUAAUUUCACAAAUAAUGUUGGAAAAAUUAAAAUAAAGUAUAAAUAUUAUUCUGAAAACGGCAACAAAUUCUCCCCUGUUAGCGGAUACCUCAGUUGCACUUGUGAGAGUGCCCUGCAAUUCAUGUGCAUGAUCUAGACUAGGUCUAGUGUAGUGUGUUAUUGUGUUUUGAGAACAGCUGCUGUGAUAGUUUCUAAACAUUAGUCCAGUGCUUGGUUAGUGGUUUAGAAAUACUAGUUCCUGUUUUAUGCACUGGUAAAUAUGAAAUAAGGUCAUAAAUGAAGAUUUGUUACACCUGCCAAUUUUUUUUUCCGCAUUCUGUCGAAGAUUGGAUUUUUUGCUUCUGUUUUACAAGAUGGAAUAUGUUUUAUUACCUACGUUUAGGUGAGACCAAACCCUAACAAAUUCAAAGAGUUUGAAAAUUGACGUACUCACUGUAUUUGCGUUAAUGACAUUGAUGUACUGUUGUCACGUUCAAUUUUCGGGUCUCCAAAUGUGACUUACUGCCUAGCAGUGCAGGGACGUCAUCUAGCUGUCUGGAGGUCUGUCACGUUAAUCAGUAGUGUCUGUGGCACUGGCAGCCGGCUGAAGUCUUGCACGCUACCACCGGGUGCUUGUAGUCACGAACACCACCUCUUUGGUCUUCCAUCCCAGUAAGAAGUGCGCACCAGCCGUUACAGCCCUUCGAUUCAAGCAUUGCCUUUUUGACAAUACUGCACAUUUUGCUGCCAGGCAAUGUUCGAGUUGAAUCGUAUGUGAUUAUUGGCAGGAAAUGCUGUCCAAAGGUUUCUGCCAAAAGUGUGCAAAUUACAUGUACACUUUGGCUUCUUAUUUCAUGUUGAGUUAUCCAGGCUCUCGAGAGACUGUGCAGACCUUUCCAGGUUUUCCCUGUGUGUCAUCGCUCCUGCGAAUGAUGAACCAUCACGCUUAAACAAUCAAGGCAGUGUGUUGGCAUAUCGCUGAGUCUUGUCUGUCUGCUCGCAGGGAUCACUUGAACAACACUGACACACACUUGCCUCGCCCCUUUCACUGUACCUGAUCGCUGUCUGUUGCAUUAUGGGAGUUACUGUACGUGUGAUUUGUGGUACGUAGACCUUCAUGAACUUACCUCAAAACAAACUUGCCUCUUGUUUGGGUUGGUUCGACUUGAAUUUAACAGUCUCAAAGUGUAUAGAUUUAUAACUGUUCAGUUAGCAAGGUCGGUUUUAUAGUUGUGCAAUAUUUUCUCUCAAUCUAAAUAUGUAACUAUUAGGGCUGGGCGAUUCCACAGAUUUAAUUUCGGUUCGAUUCCGAUUCAAAUUACUGUAAAAAAUUGAAAUUUCGAUUUCGAUUCGAUUCUUUAAUUCUAGAGCAAAUGCAUAAGGUAAACAACCUUUAAAUGCACCUUUCACGUUUUCACUCAUUUCUACAAUCAGCACAGAUUGUUUUCACACGAGAAACUCAACACGGUAUUGGACGUGACAAAAUAAAAUAAACAUGAUGGAUCAUUUCUCAUUUCCACAGUACUAACGCUCUUGCAUUUUCCAUUAAUGUCGUCGGCAUCUGUGAUACUGCAGUGAAGGCAUAUAUGUUAAGACAAAGAAAAAGAACACAACUACCACAUGUGUAGCUAUCAAACUUCCUCACUUAAAAAAAACGUAUAAAAGCGGAAUCCAGAAUCAAAACAAAGUGGUUAUCACAGAUAUAGUGCAACAACUGCACAGCUUCGAUGGAAGAAUCAGACUUUUUUAUGUCCAAGCCGUGGUACUGAAGUCUGCCACCAUUAGCGCUCAAGUUGCAGACAAUUCGGCAGCCAUUUUGUGGAAGUGUUGCGUGCACGUCGGUAUCAUAUCUAUGAAGCUAAGGUAGUGUUUAUUUACCGCUUUCGGUGAUUGAGGUUAUAUUCACAGCCCAGAAAUGAAACUUAUUGGACGAUUGGGUCGUGGACUUUUCAAUUGCAUAAUUAAUGUGUUUCCCGGUCGUUUGUAAUAAAGAUUUUUUUUUCCCCAUUUUGAACAAAAUGAGUGUUGUUAUUUAGAGGAUUGGAGGUAAAUAUUGCUUAUGAAUCAUGAGUGUUUGGCAGAACCAAAGUUCGUAGAUAUGAAGAACGUCGCUAAAUGGAAUAUUCGUUGAGGAUUUACGUACAUACAAAGUUUAUGUGCAAUUUAACGGAAUGUGUGGAAAUUGUCACCAUGCAAAUGACCUAGACAAAGUUCGAAUUUUUCGAAUCUUAAUUUUAAAGAAGAAACGAUUUCGAUUAUUUACGGAAUCGAAUCGAAAUCGUAAUUUUCGAUUAAUCGCCCAGCCCUAGUAACUAUAUAUGUAUUCUCUAUCAUUGUAUCACAAAAGUUGGUUUCAAUUACUGGCAUUCAUACGGUGUCUUCUGAGAGUGAAUGGUUUUAAUUGUUUUAUUGUCUCACAAACCACAGUACAAUCGUGAAUACACAUGGGUCUACACUGAUGAUGAUGAAGAUGAGGGUACUGGGUUGCACUCAGUGCUGCGACAGUAUGGAUUCACCAAGAUUUGUAUGUGGUAUUGCAGAAGUUACAAGCAUGGAUAAUUUGACUCUCAACUUAAUUUUUGCCAUGUGUGGAUGUUGAAGUAGGUAAGCUGACUUAAUUGGAGCAAUAACUGAUUGGCUUUGUUCACUCAUGUUUCAUGGAAGUGUUAUCUCAUGAUGUAAGCAUGAAGGAGACCCCAUCGUCUGAAGCAUAUCUUAUGAAGCCAUGAGACGCAAAACAUUUGUUAUUUCCAGAUACCAACUGAAAGAAUCCUUUAAGAAUAUAUUUUUGAUGACAUUGCAAAUAGUUGCAAGUACAGAAUCUCCGAUGCAGCGUUUCAGGAAAGAGUUCAUUUAUCCUUGUGGUCUUGUGGUCUUGUGGUCCAACAAGGGCUUAUAGGGUUAUAGCGUUUUCUUUGUACCAAUGUGAUGGUCGUUUGUUCAACCAGCUGGUUCUCUUUUCAACCACACUUUUUUGAUUUAUUACUGUUGGUUGAUAAACUUGAAAGUUGGCGUAAAAAAAUUAUGAAGAAUCUUAUCUGCAAAUGACUGCUGAUAUACAAGAUUGUGUUAGUAUUGAAAGAAUGUGGAUGUCCUUUCACAAAUAGGUACACACUGAAUGCAGUUUGGACAGUAAAGAAUCCUUUGGUUAAGACCAAUUUUUGUCUUUAGGUAUUGUUAAAUAAUGUAUUAAAAUAUAGACAUUGUCCAUUCUUGCUGUCAUUUACUGUAGAUAUAAGGUUCUGAGACAUUUUUCAGUAUUUUUAAUUUUGAUCUUUUGUUAGACAUACACGUAACCCAAUGACUAAACCUAGUGAUGUACCGAUGUAAUCAUUUUAGUUUCUGAUAAGAUGAUAUUGCCAAUUAUCUGGAUUUCCGAUAUAAUUGUUUCUUGCUGACACUUAAAACAAAAACAGCUGUCAACUGAAUUCGGGCCACAGUGUUCAAGUGGACAGACCACUGGCUACAAUAAGUAGGUCUUCCUGGUUUGAUUAUCGACAAGUUCAAACCAAAUAAGUGGAAAUACGUGUCGGACACUGCCUUAAAGCCCCACUGUGGAUGAGACUUGUGGAAAGUGGAAUAUAGUUAGUGACAGCAGAUUAAACAGUAUUGUGUCUGUAUUUUCUGUCUGUCCUCAGUUGGCUGUAAAUGUGCUAGUGAUGUGUACUUGAAUAAAAAAUUGUAUAUUAUUUUGUUUGGUUUGCAGACAUUUAAAUCUGUGUCACUUAGAUGGAUGCAAUAUAUGUUUUGUUGGGGAAAAUUGUCAUUCAGGAAGAAAAUUUUGUAAGUUAAAUAUCCUGUGCUUUUUUUAUUAUUAUUUAAACUUGUUACAAACUGAUGAGGUAGAGUCACGUAUAUGUAGAGCCAAGAUUUUACGAUGUCAUAAGAAAAAAAAUUUCAUCAUUAAAAAUAGUGGAUUUUGUCUUUAUCGUCAAUAAAAAUUAAAACACGUGUAAUAAUAAGUACAACACUGAUUAACUGCUUCAACAAUUUAUGUACAUUAAACAAUACUACUAAUAUACUGCUGAGAGUACGGUAAGUUAAACAAAAAUCUGCAACUCUAACCUUUAAUAGUGAUGAGUCGGCCCUGAUAGCGGUAUCACAGAAAGCAUAACAGCUAUACCUGCUAGUCUUACUAGAUGAAGAAAAAAAAUCACCGGCAGGAAGUGUCAGAACGUAAACAGAGUUCUUUGUGCCAAGAUUACGGUCCAUUUUUGAUCAUCUUUUCACUAGCAGGCUGGGAUUAUCAUUUCAACUAAAAGUAGACCUACAGAAAAAUAACACAAACUCAAUAUACUUUUAAAAAAUUAUUAAAAAUAAACUAACUUGAUUUAGUUUCCUAAUACUAAUUAUCUGUAGGUAGUAGCUCUGAUGAUUGCCGCUUUAUUUCACUGGAGACCCAGAAAUAUCACGACUCAUUAACUUGCGAAAAAUCACCAAACACUAUUAAACAGUAGGAUUUUUUUUUUUAAGUAAAAUAAUUUUUAAAGUGUAUUUUAACUUCAGAUUCACUCGUGAACUUUCGCAUCUAUUCACGAAUAUCCACAAAUUUUUAGUUAUUUAAUUUUUUCUUUAAUCAUAAUCAAUUAGGUGCAAAUGCACAAUAGUAAUGGUACACUGAACCAUAUAUAUAGUACAUUGCAUCAGAUAAUAUGAUACACUAUAGGGAUUCAGUGUUAAGAAUUAUCAUAUGCUAUACCCAAAUGAUGGUGCUGGACAGCAGAUUAUUACUAUAGCGCUGGAGCGUCAUAAGUUUUAAAAUUAGCUUCUCUGAAAAUGUAAGUAGGGUAUGAGGGGCAUUAUUAUUUUUUUUUUAAAUAUAAUAUUGCAUCUAGUGACAUGAGAAACAAAUGUGCUAGUUGGGGCUAGGUGGCUUGUUUGUAGUCUGAUUAUGGUUUAGGGGGGUGCUGACAAUUCAUGUUAAACAAAUUUACCAUUUAUUUGGGCAGACUGUAUCUUUUGUGUGGUGAAAUUGUGUGGAGGUUAAGAUAAAACUGAGAACCAAAUUGAGAACCGGGGAAAAAAUUAAAACAUAUACACAUUGCUAACAUUCAAUAACUAAAAAUUAAUAUGCAAUGUUAAAAGCCCAAAAUUGUUAUACAUUUACUUUUUAUUGUGUUGUUUCUCUUUGGGUCUUUGCCCAUAACUGUAUAUCAGCUACAGACUGAUUUUAUUUAGUACUUAGUUUGAAAAAACCAUAGAUACAAAAAAAUUUUUAUUUUUACUUCGUACAUAACAUUAUGGGUAGUUAAAUAAAAACAUAAACUAAAGUUUAAUGGAAUGUAUUCUAUAUUUUAAUAGCUAUAAUAAGGUAAUUGAGGUGAAUUGUGCUGUAUUUCAGUGUCUUGAUAUGUUAUUGACUUCCGUUUCGGUGUUUGGCUGUGUAUAGACUUUAUUUCGCUGUUAUUUUUGUUUUAUCGCUAAACAUCGCAUAAUCUUGCCUCUACAUAUAGGAUAUAGAAAUACCUAGCUGAGUCUUGGAGCUAAAAUGUAGUGUCUUCCAUUUUGGGGGGGGGAAAACUGAAGUGAUCUCGUGUUAAAAUUAUUGAAGAAAUUUAUGUAUGAUUUGUUAUGAUUUCAAUGUUACUAUUAUAAAUGGCUGUUUUUUUUUUUUUUUUUUUUAUGUUUUAUGCUGUACAAUUUUUAGAAUAAAUUAUUCUGACAAAUAUUAGAACAAUUCAUGAGCAAGCCAAGAAGUAAUUAUUAUAUUAAAUAUAACUGCUCUGUUCAUUUGAUCGUGUAUGUAUUACUGAUAUUACCUAAUUAAUUUUAUUGUAGUACUUUUUAUUGCUUCAUAAAAAUUUUAGAACAUUCAAA